CCUCUUCCGUUGCUCAUCAACACCACACCAUGUCCGGUGCCAGGAACCUCUCCGCCGCCCUGCGACGGGCUCGCGUGCCCAAGCCUCGCGCUUUGCUUCGUCCCCUCACUGUCCACGCCCCGUCCCCCGCCGCGACCGUUGCCCGUGCCUUCAGCGUCACCUCCGCGGCCAAUGCGACCAAGGAGAUCAAGUACACCAGCAACGCCUACCCCAACCUGAAGCGCGAUCCCAAGUUUGCCGAAAUUUCUGCUGAGGAUGUCGCCUUCUUCAAGGGGCUGUUGGGCGCCCAGUCCGCUGUGAUCGAUGGCGUCACCGCCGACGCCGCCGACGAUAUCGAGCCCUUCAACAGCGACUGGAUGCGCAAGUACCGCGGUCACACACGGCUGGUGCUCAAGCCCCAGACAAAGGAGGAAGUCAGCAAGGUGCUGCAAUACUGCAAUGAGAAGAAGUUGGCUGUGGUGCCCCAGGGUGGCAAUACCGGAUUGGUUGGAGGCUCUGUGCCCGUGUUCGAUGAGAUCGUCAUCAACAUGUCUCGUAUGAACCAGAUUCGUUCGUUCGACGAAGCCUCUGGUGUGCUGGUUGUUGAUGCAGGUGUCAUCCUCGAGGUCGCGGAUUCGUACCUGGCUGAGCGGAACCAUCUGUUCCCCUUGGAUCUGGGUGCUAAGGGAUCCUGCCAUGUGGGUGGCAAUGUGGCUACCAACGCCGGUGGUCUGCGUCUGCUGCGCUAUGGCAGUCUCCACGGCACUGUCCUCGGUGUGGAGGCUGUGUUGGCUGAUGGUACCAUCGUUGACUCUCUGUCGACCCUGCGGAAGAAUAACACCGGAUACGAUCUGAAGCAGCUGUUCAUCGGUUCCGAGGGCACGAUCGGUAUCAUUACUGGUGUUUCUAUCCUGUGCCCCCCUCGCCCCAAGGCCGUGAACGUCGCGUACUUUGGACUCGAGAGCUACGAGCAGGUCUGUCAGGCGUACGGAGAGGCUAAGGGACACCUGUCGGAGAUUCUCUCCGCUUUCGAGCUCAUGGACGGGCGCACCCAGAAGCUCGUUCACGAGUCCACGGGAACCCACUACCCCCUUGAGGGCGAAUACCCGUUCUACUGUCUCGUCGAGACCAGCGGUUCCAACGCUGAGCACGACAUGGCCAAGCUGGAGGGAUUCCUGGAGCACAUCAUGGGCGAGGGGACUGUUGCGGACGGUGUCCUGGCUCAGGACGAGACUCAGUUCCACGCCAUCUGGCGCUGGAGAGAGGGUAUUACCGAGGCGCUGAGCCACUUGGGUGGCACGUACAAGUACGAUGUCUCGAUUCCCCUGCCGGAGCUGUACCAGCUGGUCGAGGACUGCCGGGAGCGCCUGACGAAGCUCGGGUUCGUUGGUGAUGACGACUCGUUCCCUGUCCGGGCUGUGGUCGGAUACGGGCACAUGGGUGAUUCGAACCUGCACUUGAACAUUGCCGUGCGGCAAUACAACAAGGAGGUCGAGAAGGCCAUUGAGCCUUGGGUGUAUGAGUGGAUCCAGAAGCGGAACGGUAGCAUCAGUGCCGAGCAUGGACUGGGACUGGCCAAGAAGGAGUUUAUCGGCUACAGCCAGGAUGAGACCAUGGUGAAGCUGAUGAAGCAGCUGAAGGGGUUGUACGAUCCGAACGGAAUCCUCAACCCAUACAAGUAUAUUUAGAGCAUGCACAGUUGAAUACAAAUCUUGCAUUGGGUAUCAAGUAAGACU